AUGAGACCGCUGCUUCUGCGCUGCUCGCUCGGCCGCAUGGUGACAGUUUUCCGCUCUCCACACAAACUGGUCACACAAGCAGCAGCGGUGCCUCAUCUGUAUAAUCUGAGCAAAACGAUGCACUAUCAAACGGAGGAGAGAGGACACCCCAAUUCUCCUGACUACCGGAUUUACUUUAAAACUUCUGAAGGAAAAUACAUUUCACCAUUCCAUGACAUCCCACUUAUUGCAGAAACAGAACAGGAAAAUGAUGUGCCAGCUAAAAAGCCCAAGAAGAAUGAGAAUGAGUUGGUCUUCAACAUGGUUGUGGAGGUACCUCGAUGGUCAAAUGCUAAAAUGGAGAUUGCAACCAAGGAACCGCUGAACCCAAUCAAACAGGAUGUAAAGAAAGGAAAGCUCCGGUACGUUGCCAACAUAUUUCCCCAUAAAGGUUACAUUUGGAAUUAUGGGGCACUCCCACAGACAUGGGAGGAUCCAGACCACACCGACAAGGAAACAAAGUGUUGUGGCGAUAAUGAUCCCAUUGAUGUUUGUGAGAUCGGUACCAAAGUGUGCCAUCCAGGUCAGGUGAUCCAAGUGAAAGUGCUUGGCAUCUUGGCCAUGAUCGAUGAGGGAGAAAUGGACUGGAAGGUCAUUGCUAUCAAUACUGAGGACCCAGAUGCUAAAAUCCUAGAUAACAUAGAGGAUGUCCGCAAGAGCCGGCCUGGUCAUUUAGAGGCCACUGUCGACUGGUUUAGGAAAUAUAAGGUGCCUGAUGGAAAGCCUGAGAACCAAUUUGGAUUCAAUGGACAAUUCAGAGACAAGGACUUUGCAGUUGAAAUUAUUAGGUCCACCCAUGAGCACUGGAGGGCACUAGUGCAGAGGCAGACAAAUAGUGGAGGAAUCGUAUGCAAAAAUAUUUCCUGCUGUGAAAGUCCUUUCAAAUGUAGUGCAGAUGAGAGCAGAGAUGUGAUCCAAUCGGCCCCUGAAUUUGGCAGUGCACAUCCUGUGUCUCCAGAGGUGGAAAAGUGGCAUUUUGUCUGAAGCUCUAAAGACAAUAUGGAAACCCACAAAAUGCCCUACAUCAUAUGAAGUAGCUGCAUCUUUUCCAUGCAGCUGGAUUUUUAUUUUUUGUAAGGCCUGUAUAAAGUGCCAUCUACAGUUACCAUCCAAUAAAUUAUAAGCAGGUGCAUUGAAAAUAUGAGUCAGUGAAGACCUGUACUUUUAUUGAGUUAAGAACCAUAAUUGAGAUGUGUUUUGCGUUGAGCCCUGCUAAUAUGCUCUAAUUUGUGUUUUGAUCAUUUUGUGCUUGUAACCACAAACACCACGUAAUUUGUAUGUAACAAAUCAAAAAAAUGUCUUCCUGUUUUGGUAAAUUAAAAAAAAUGGCGUAAAA